AUGUUCUUGGACAAGAUCCGCCAACUAAAGCUAGAUGCCACCGAUAUCAAUCGCAUCAAGCUGAAGACAAUCGACAAUGCGCAAGGCGAUGAGGCCGAAUUUGUCAUCUACGACAAGAGCUUUCACGAAGAGGACACGCGCCUGGCAAGAAACUGGAACCUGAUCAGCAUAUUGAUGCUUACGACCUCCAUCUACAUGUGCCCAUCAGGUGUCCUGGACCAGACAUUCCAAGAGUUCUCCGAAUGA